AUGCAAAUUUUACAGGCCACCCGCGGUGUCAAGACCCUCAACUUUGCAGGCACCGAGGAAGUUGUCUACGAACGCGCCGACUGGCCUCUCGCCAAGCUCCAGGACUACUUCAAGAACGACACUCUUGCCCUCAUUGGUUAUGGCUCUCAAGGCCACGGUCAGGGCCUUAACGCCCGUGACAACGGUAUGAAUGUCAUUGUCGGUGUCCGCAAGGGUGGCGAGAGUUGGAGCCAGGCCAUCGAAGACGGUUGGGUCCCAGGAGAGACCCUCUUCCCUAUCGAGGAGGCCAUUAACCGUGGUACCAUCAUCAUGAACCUUCUCUCUGAUGCUGCCCAGUCCUCCACCUGGCCCACCAUCGAGCCUCUCAUCACCAAGGGCAAGACCCUCUACUUCUCUCACGGUUUCUCCGUCGUCUACAAGGAGGACACCAAGGUCAUUCCUCCCAAGGACGUCGAUGUCAUCCUUGUCGCUCCCAAGGGCUCAGGCCGCACCGUCCGCACUCUCUUCAAGGAAGGUCGUGGCAUCAACUCUAGCGUUGCCGUCUUCCAGGAUGUCACCGGCAAGGCCAAGGAAAAGGCCGUUGCUCUCGGUGUCGCCGUAGGUUCUGGUUACAUGUACGAUACCACCUUCGAGAAGGAGGUCUACUCCGACCUGUACGGUGAACGUGGUGUCUUGAUGGGUGCCAUCCAGGGUCUGUUCUGCGCUCAGUACAAGGUCCUCCGUGCUAACGGCCACUCCCCGUCUGAGGCCUUCAACGAGACCGUUGAAGAGGCUACCCAGUCUCUCUACCCUCUCAUUGGCCAGAAGGGUAUGGACUACAUGUACAACGCUUGCUCAACCACUGCUCGCCGUGGUGCUCUUGACUGGGCGCCUGUCUUCGAGAAGACCAACCUUCCUGUCUUUGAGGCACUCUACAAGAGCGUUCGUGACGGUACUGAGACCCGCAAGUCCCUCGAGUACAACGGCCGCUCGACGUACCGCGAGGACCUUGCCAAGGAGCUCAAGGAGAUCGAUGACCAGGAGAUCUGGAGAGCUGGCAAGGUUGUCCGUUCCCUCCGCCCGGACUACAAGCCCGAGUAA